AUGACUGAUAAAGAAAACGGUGCCGUGGCGCUAUUGAAAAAGUACUUGCAAGAAUCUGAUUUUACUCGGGACAUUAUUACUUUUCACUGCUUAAUUCAUCAAGAGUCUCUUUGUGAUCAAAGUAUAAAGAUAACCCAUGUUAUGGACGGUAUUGUAAAAUGUGUGAAUAAAAUUCUGUCGGAAGGAUUGAAGCACCGCCAAUUUCGAGCAUUCUUGUUGGAGAUGAAUACACAAUACAAGGACUUAGUGCAUCAUUCUCAAGUUCGCUGGUUAAGUAGAUGGAAAGUUUUGCAGCACUUUCUUAGCCUUUUUGAAGAAAUUGAAAUAUUUUUACAGGAAAAGAGUUCAACACUGAAGACCAAAAAUGGGGAAGAUGUUUUGACGCACUUAUGUGACAAUACUCGGUUGCUGGAUAUUACGCUUUUGACAGAUAUUACACAGCAUAUGUACAACCUAUGUAUCAGAAUGCAACGAUCAAUUGGCAACAUGAUCCAGUUUAAAACUAUGUCUUUGUUUUUGGAAAAAAAAAAGACAAACUUGGUUUCUGACUUAGAAAAGUAUGCCAUAAUGUGCGGUGACCUUCGUCAAAUCUUUUCAAAACGCUUUCAAGAUUUUAAUGACCGGAAGGCGCAAACGAAUUUAUUUCAAAGACCAUUGAGUGUGGAUGUUGAAUUUAUUGAAGACGCUGACGCUCAACUAGAACUUCUGGAUUCGAAGUCAAACCAAGUUUUGCAGGAUGUUUUUCAACAAAAUGCAAUACUUGAGUUCUACUCUCGCCACGAAGAAGCGAAUUAUCCAGUUUUGUUGAGAAAUUCAAAAGUCUGGAUUUGUUAA